UGUAUAAAGGUGUCUUGCUGGUUGCUUCUGUCGUAAUUGUGUAAAUUCGGCUUCCGGAGCUAGUUACUAUCUUUGCGUAGCGUGCCGCUUUCUGUAAUAGCAAGAGAAGACCGGUCGGCAUCGAAUAUGCUGGAAUAGCGCUUAAAUUUGUAUUUUCUGGGCAAGAAGUACCCGGAAGGGAAGAGCAGCUGCCGCUUUUUGCGAACUAGCCAACGUUAUAACCAAAGACAGAUAAAACUGUAGCUAACAGCUGCAACGAUUAGACUGCGUGGGACCUGGCAAUCAAACUUUUAAGGAAUAAAUGGUUCGAAAAAAGAAAGCCCAGAACUGAUGUAGCAGUGUCACCAUCUCCACCACCACAGCCAGUCUGUCUCUGUCCCCACUACCUCCAUCCAGUCCCUGGUGCCUGUCUGUCUCUCUCUCUAUGCCCUGAGAGAGACCUGUCUGUCUGGGCUAUACAGAGCAAGGAGGGACAACACAGCCGAGACUGACCCACCAGAACUGACUGGUAUACUCUGGAAGUUCUAGACAACGCCCUACAGAUAGAGAGCCCAGUUGGAGGAUGCUACCUGAUUGGUCUCCCUGCUGAGAGAGGAACCAACCUGAUUGGUCUCCCUAACUGCUCAUCCAUCAGUGGGGAACAGGAGGAGUUGCUGUUUUGUUUUUUUGCUGCAGAAGUACUUUAACCUGGUCCUGGGACACGCCUGUUCUGUCGAUCAGCCAACACUGGUGUCACAAAACAGCAGGGUCUCUCUGGGACUUGUUUUUGUUUUUAAUAAAUAAAAACCCAACAUACUUUCCAGGUUGGUUUUGGAGCCCGGUUCUUUUACCGGCUUUGUUAACUACUGAAACUGGGGCGCGAUUUCAUGGGAUGCAACGAUGUCGGAUCUCAAUGAGCGCAGGCCAGUCAACACGGACUACGCUGUCUCCCUGCUAGAGCAGCUCAAGUUGUUUUAUGAACAGAAGUUACUAACUGACGUGGUGUUGCUGGUGGAGGACCACGAGUUCCCCUGUCACAAGAUGGUCCUGGCCACAUGCAGCUCCUAUUUCAGGGCCAUGUUUAUGAGUGGUCUGUCUGAGAGUAAACAGAGUCAUGUUCACCUGAGGAACGUGAACCCAGCCACCCUGCAGAUGAUCAUCACAUAUGCCUAUACAGGCAACCUGGCUAUUAACGACAACACUGUGGAGCCCCUUUAUGAGACGGCAUGCUUCCUCCAGGUAGAGGACGUGCUACUGCAGUGCAGGGACUACCUGGUGAAGAAGAUCCACGCUGACAACUGUGUCCGGAUGCUGAGCAUCGGGGACCUGUUCUCCUGUGUGGAGCUGAAGCAAAGCGCCAAGCGAAUGGUGGAACACAAGUUCUCCGUAGUCUACCGUCAGGAGGCCUUCCUACAGCUGUCCCACGAGCUGCUGGUCGACGUACUGAGCUCAGACAACCUCAACGUGGAGAAGGAGGAGACGGUGCGAGAGGCAGCCAUGCUGUGGCUUGAGUACAACAUGCAGGCCAGGUCCCAGUACCUCUCCUCGGUGCUCAGCCAGAUCCGCAUCGACGCUCUGUCUGAGGUGACGCAGCGCGCCUGGUUCCAGGGCCUACCUCCUAACGACAAGUCUGUCGUAGUGCAGGGCCUCUACAAGUCCAUGCCCAAGUUCUUCAAACCCCGCCUGGGGAUGACCAAGGAGGAGAUGCUGAUCUUCAUGGAGGCUACGUCCGAGUCGCCGGCUGACAUGGGUCAGGUGACGACGGGCCCCAACCACACGGUAGUGUGUUACAGCCCGCAGGCUGAGAAGGUCUACAAGCUCGGCAACCCACCCGGCGACCUUCAGAAGGUGGGAACGCUCGUCACCCCCGACAACGACGUGUUCAUCGCCGGCGGGCAGAUCCCGCUGAAGAACUCAAUCGCCAACCACGGGAAGAGCGGCAGCAAGAUGCAGACGGUGUUCCGGUCGGUGGACAGCUUCUUCUGGUUCGAUGCCCAGCAGAACACCUGGUUGCCCAAGACGCCCAUGAUGUGUGCCCGCAUCAAGCCCUCUCUGGUCUACUGUGAGGGCUACAUCUACGCCAUCGGGGGGGACAACGUGGGCGGGGAGCUGAAUAAACGUACUGUAGAGCGCUACGACUGUGAGAAAGACGAGUGGGCCAUGACGUCUCCUCUCCCCUGCGCCUGGAACUGGACCACGUCCGUAGCGGCACACGGCUGUGUCUACGUGAUGACCCACGACCUCAUGUACUGCUACUUCCCCCGCGCUGACACCUGGGUAGAGAUGGCCAUGAGGAAGACCAGUCGCUGCUUUGCCUCCGCCGCUGCCUUCGGUGACCUCAUCUUCUAUAUCGGUGGGCUCCAUUUGGUCAGCAGCUCGGGUGUCCGCAUGCCUACCAGCACCAUCGACGGCUCCUCGGUCACCGUGGAGAUCUACGACGUCGGCAAGAACGAGUGGCGCCUGGCCGCCAACAUCCCCGCCAAGCGUUACUCGGACCCGUGCGUGCGGGCUGUGGUCCUCCCGGGUUCUCUCUGCAUCUUCAUGCGUGAGACUCACAUGAACGAGCGCGCCAAGUACGCCAUCUACCAGUACGACCUGGAGCUGGACCGCUGGUUCCUGAGGCAGCCCGUGUCUGAGCGGGUCCUAUGGGACCUGGGGAAGGACUUCUGCUGCUCUGUGGGGAAGCUGUACCCGUCCUGUCUGGAGGAGUCCCCAUGGAAACCACCCACCUACCUGUUCUCCCCCGACGGGGCCGAGGAGUUUCAGGUGGACGGGGAGAUGGUGUCUCUCCCUCACAUAUAACUCUUGACCUUUCACCUCUGGACGUGUUGGAGGGGUGGCCCUGAAGGCUUGAGGGGGUCGGAGGAGUAGAUUACCACAGUACUGAGGCACUAAGUGGGUUGCUAUCUGGAUCAGAGGCAUCUGACAAUUACUAGACUUGCUGCAUUUUAAAGGCUGGUCUGCCUGGCUGGCUGUUGCUGACAAACAAACAGUACUGAACAGUCAGACAUUCAAAAUGUAGGAGAGAAACGAAAAAACGAUUCCCCCUCCAAAUACUAGGAUUUGAACUUAAUUUUUUGUUGUUGCCAGUUCUGACUUUAUUAUCACAAGUAAACUGAUAUGUUUGUGAUGAUGAUGAUGCACUUACAGGUGACAGUCUCCUUGGAAUAAUGAUGGAAACUGUACCAAACCCCCCCCCCCCGAUCUCCAUCUCAACACUGUUUUCAAUCCACGUGUCUUUCCCAGGGACACCUGGCUUGUGUCCCAAAUGGCUCCCUGUUUGUAGGGCACUACUUUUGAUUAGAGCGCUAUAGGCUUCUUGCCAAAAUAAGUGCUUUUUUWAAAAAAAUCUAGAAUUAGGGUGCCAUUUUGGGAUGCACAUGGUAUUGGAACAUCCAGGGGACAGGGCAGAGGUCUGAGGUGUCUCAGUGGGAACGGGGAGGUGUGGGAGAGGGUUCUAGGUGGUGACUGCAGGUCCUGUCACUCUUCACCUCUCGGUCCCAGACACCCACACAAGCCCCUGUCUCCCCUGGUACACUACCGCCCCUCUAGCCUGUCUCCUAGAGUUGCGUUCACAAUGGCUCCCUAUUCCCUACAGAGUGCACUACCUUUGACCAGGGUCCAUAGGGCAACCGUACGCUUCUUGAGCUCGGCCAUAUGGCUCUGGUCAAAAGUAGUGCACUCUAUAGGGAGCCAUUGUGGACGCUUACUUAGUCAAUCUCUCUGGACACAGGUCUUCCACACAGCCAGCCGGAAGUUUACAGAACAGCGCCAACACUAACUGACCUCCGUCUCAGCAUAGUGAUAAGAGGAUUUAUGCCGGCUCUGUUUUUUUUUAAUAGUUUUUUUUUAUGCAGGUCUUCGCAACCACACCUGCUUCACUCUCUCUCUGUACGAUCAUCAACCACACACCUGCUUCACUCUCUCUCUGUACGAUCAUCAACCACACACCUGCUUCACGCUCUCUCUCUGUACGAUCAUCAACCACACACCUGCUUCACGCUCUCUCUCUGUAAUCAUCAACCA